AUGUAUAUACACAUACAUGUGUGUAUAUGUGUGCAUAUAUGCAUACACACACACACACACACACACACACACACACUGAGAAAACUACAAAAUAAUCUUGAACUUAUGCCACGAGAAGGAUGUGCUUCUGUUCUGGAAGCUGAUGGGCCAAUACGGCUGUUUGGGAGGCUUGCUCUGUCGCCCAGGCUAGAGUGCAAUGGUGUGAUCUCAGCUCACUGCGGGUUUUGCCAUGUUGGUCAGGCUGGUCUCGGACUCCUGACCUCAGGUGAUCCGCCUGCCUCGGCCUCCCAAAGUGCUGGAAUCUCAGGCAUGAGCCACCGCGCCCAGCCAAGCCAGACUUCUUAA